CGUGGGGGAGGAAGGGCUGAGGGGAAGAGCCCGUUCCUGAGUGGAUUUGGGGGGAAGUCCUGCUCCACGCUCUAGCCAUGGGUGAGGUGAGGAGGUUGCCGGGGGGAGGAUCAUUUAGGCCCCAUGUCUCUCCAUCUAGGGAGGGAGGUUUGCUGCACUGCUGUAGCCUUCAGUGUAGCUGCUACGUAGGCCAAUAGGAGGGGUUCUGUUGCUGCAGUUACUCCACCUCUCUGACAGGUUUCAGAGUAGCAGCCGUGUUAGUCUGUAUUCGCAAAAAGGAAAGGAGUACUUGUGGCACCUUAGAGACUAACAAAUUUAUUUGAGCAUAAGCUUUCGUGAGAGUUGUCUACUGCAGCGGCACAGCUGCAUCACUGAAGAUGCUCAUGAUAUCUAUGCAGAUGGGGAGAGCUACUCCUGUUGGCAAAGGUACUCCACCACCCUGAGACAAGGUAGCUAUGUCAAAGAGAGAAGCCCUCCUGUUGACAUAGCACUUUAUACACCAGGAGUUAGGUUGGUAUAAUUGUGUCUCUCAAGAGUGUGGAUUUGUCACACUCCUGAGUGAUGUUAUACCGACAUAAAUUUGUAGUAUAGACCAGGGCUGAGAGCAGGUAGGUAGGUCGAAGGAAGAAUUUGUAUAUCAACCUAGGGUCUUCUACACCAGGGGGGUAGAUUGGCAUAGCUACAUCUCAUAGGUGUAGAUUUUUCACACCCCUGAGAGACUAGCUAUGCUGAUGUAAAUUCCCAGUGUAGACUAGCCGUAUGACAUUUAUAAUCUUUCCUUUUUCUGCUGACUCCACAGGCUCAGAACCAAACCUCCAUAGACCUGCCUGGGCUAGAGUUUUUGGUCCUGCUGUUAUCCAAAUUAUUGUUUUCUCUUAAUUAAAAUUAUUAUAAAUGCUAAUCUAGGCACUCCCACAAACAUUUGUUCCUGGUCUUGGGUCACCAUAGGCUGGGGCCUAAGAAUGAGAUAAUAUAAAUUAAAAACACUUUAUAUAUUUUAGUAUAUAAAAUAAAGUAAAUGACAUCUACAAAAAAAAUAGAAAUAAUGUAUUUAUGGCAUUGAAUAACCAAUAUAUCUAAAUUGCUGUCCCCACCAAGAACUGGAAAAUGUUUGUUUGCUGUGUUGCAGGGCCUUUUUGAAACCACUGAACCAUAACUGAAUGGAACAGUAAUAUUAAAUAGCAAGGUAUAUGGUUACACUUAUUGAGAAACUGCACUUGUACUCACCUGGCUGCGUUAGAGAUAGGGUUACAACCGAUGUAACCAGAUGCACCCACUGUGAAACAGAGACCUAUGUCACAUGUGUAGACUAAAGCAUUUAGAACUGGAAAAUUUAAUACCUACCUUAGGUAUAAAUUUCCAGAGCAUCUACUAUAACUCUAGCAGUGGUCUAGGAAAUGUAACCAUUCAUCUACAAUUGGUAUUAGGGAGUAUUUAUACUGUAGCUUUUUCAGAUUUUGUCCACUUAUUGCAGCAAUUCUGUUCAAGUCAGCAUUUUUAAUGACUGAAGUAAGUUUGCUUCUAUUUCUGCUGAAGUUUAUGUUGCUUUCAAAUAAGGUGUGAGAAUUAGUUAUACAAUAUCAUUCCUCACUUUGUGAGGCUAAGAAGAUUGCUGGGUAGUGUACUGAAAGAAUCUACAGUACUUUAUGUGGCAAAGUACAAGAGAACAGUAAUGGAUUCAAAGAAAGAGGCUUUGUUGGGAUCAUCCAACUUAAUACAUACAAUAGUAAAAGCUCUACAUGAAAGCUGAGGACCAAUGACAUGUAAAUGGAGUAUAAUCAAGACGUACAGAUUAGGACAAGUAAAAGCAGACAACUUGACCGACUGAAAAACAAAGUGAAUAACAUAUUAUUAGAUAACUUUGACUUUCCUGAGGAUGCAACUGAUGAGGAGCAAGAAGACUUACCUUAUGAUGGAGACCUAGAAAAAACAUAUCACCACAAUAAUGAAUCAAAUAAUUUGAAAGCCUGUGCUUCUGUAGAAAGCAUUUCUGAUAAUUUCUUAAAUUUGACCUGUUCUGAAAUUAACAAAAGUUUAAAAGAAGAAAUAAAUGAUGAAAGACAACAGCUAUCUCAAGGAAAGGUCUUCAGCCACCGUACACCUGCCACAAGAACAAAUGGAAUAAUGAUUGAAAUGGCAAUGGAAGCUCCUGUGGGUGGCAUGUCUUUCGAGACAGAAUUAUCAGUUGGAGCUUUUAGCAGCCCAGAUAGGAAGGAACAUUUCACCAACUCAAAAAUUUCUGAUGUUCUUUUGCGUCAUUUUUCCAAAGAAGAGUUAUCAAACGCAAGCCAAUUAAUUGAUUGUGAGACUAUCCCAGAGACAUCCUUUACUGAAAGUGUUGAUGAAACUGUCCUCACUAAACCUAGGAUUUCAGAAUGCACCAAGCCCACUUUACUAACAGAACAAUGGGCAAAGUAUUUUGAAGACUAUUAUUUGAACAGACAAGAAGAAACAUCUGAAGAUGAUUACAAAGAUAAAAAUUUGCUAGAUGAAAAUAAAUAUGUUAUAGAUGACAGAGCUACUUCUUAUGGUGUUGAGAAAGACUGCAUACAAGAAAAUUCACAGUUGAUAGCUGAAAAUGAAGAUACAAAUAAUUUCCAAAACAUAAGAAAAAAUCACGGUCAUCAAAAAGGUUUGUUUGAAAGAACAGGUUCCUCUCAUGAACUCAAAUAUGGCCAAGGCCAAGUUAAUUAUUGUCUUCCUGACUUCUCUAAAAUUGCUCCAAAAGUCAAAAUACCAAAAAGAAAUAGCAGUGAUAAAUCAGCUCCCAUAAUGAAAAGAACCAAAUUCUCGCCUAAUUUGAUUGGUAAAUCAGCAAUUGUGAACGAUGUUUUAGAAACUAUGAAUUAUUUUGAUUCUGUUGAAGUAAAGAAUCAAGAAGAAGAAAUGAGAAUUCCUGAACUUUUACAACAGCUAGAGUUGCUGACAAAACAUGCUGAGGCUCAGAAUCAUAUUGAUCAUUUGAGGUUUGAUCCUAAGAUAUAUCCUCAUUCAGCUUCUUCUAAUCCAAACCUUUCCAGUCACUCAAGAUGCAUGGGUGCAGCUUCUGAAGAGUUUAUAUUUCAUCCCCUUACUGUUCCUAUCCAGCCUAUGCUUGGUUUGUCUCAAGCAUCUUUUGCAGGAUUACAAUCUGGGAGAAUGAUUUCAUCAUUACUGUCAACCAGUGCAGAAGCAGAAAUACACUGUUUAAAUCAUAACUUGAUGCAAAAUACAACAAAAGGAGAAAAGAUGUCUCAAAUGCUAAAGGAGCAGGCAGAGCAACUGAAAGCUAAAGUGGAAGAAUUUUCUAAAUGUGUAAUACAGGAGGCCUUACCUUUGCAAGAUCGCUGUUUGGUAUUAAAGGAACUAAGAGGAUACCUUGAAACAUUGGAACGGAAAUAUUUAGCCACUAAGGAGGAGCAUCGUGGUUUACUGCUACAGAACUACAAUCGCAAAGCCGUAAGCGUUGGCGAGUUUGAUCCCGACAGAAAGGUGGAGGGGGAAAUAUUUAGGCUUGGUAUGCUGCUUGAAGAUGUCAAAGAGAAAAUUGAUGACAAUAUAUGUAGUCCAUGUCCCUCUUCAUUCACAACAUCUCCUACGUCUCCUUCGCUCGCUCCAUGUGAAUCUGUGCGUUCAUCCUGUUCUCAUCUUCGUGAGAGCCCUGUGGUUUCAAGCAUUAGUGAUCCUCCAGAAAGGUCUGCUACUGAAGUGAAUUUUCAUAAUAAUGAAAGGAACGAGGGAGAUAAUAGAAGUCAUGCUAUUGAUGUGAUCCCAAAGAAAAACAGUCAGCUUUCUUUACAAGAUGACAAUUGUGAUCCUUUUCCUGAAAUCCCAUUGGGAUUACAAAAAAGAGAUGCAUCUGCCUAUGUAAAAGGAAUGGAGCCCCUGGAAAAAGCAGGACUGCUAGCAAAUAAGCACUCUUCAGAUGUAAUGCAGUGCUUCCUUCCACCUGAGGCAGACAAUGGGUCUGGAGGCCUGGAAUCCCACAGGCAGCUUAUAUUAAGUCAGAAAUUUAACGCUGAUCAAGAAAACCCAAAAGGGAAUUUAAACUUCUGGCAAAUGACAUCUCCACCCAAAACCAAGCCUUAUAAUAUGUGCAAUUUGGAACACAAAAUUAUUAAUCUAAAUGUGCGGCAAGAGCAAGGUAAUUUAGCACAUCCCUCAGAUCAUUGUUUUUGUGGAAGGGUAGAAAACUGUUCAAAUGCACAUGAUGAUGCUCUAUAUCCUAAAUGGAAAAUACACUGGUCAAAAAAUGCAAACAAAGAACUUUGUUCCUGUUCUGUCAAUAGAAAUAAAAACACAGAGGACAGAAAAACUGAUAGUGAAAAGUCAAAAUGUGGACAGUAUUCAGUCUUCAUUCAAGAAAAAGCAGUGGCGCUAGAUUUGUCAGGCACUAACCUUUGCAGUGAUUCAGAAGACAUCUCAUUCUGUGAUUCCUUUCAUGAGUCACACAGUGAUGAAUUUCUGGAACACAGGACUAAAAAUUAUAAAACACGUAGAGCCGGAUUAAAAGAACAAAGCAAAGGUCUCAGCUGGAGGUGCAAUAGGGGAAACAGAGAUUGGUUUAAACUUGGGAAUUAUAAAGAAUUUGCUCAGUCCUGCACCUUAUGUAGAAAUAAAAACCUCAGCUCAACUCCCUUACAAUACAGGGAUUGGAAUAUAAAUUUCUGCACUAGUUGUCAAAGAAACAAAUGCAGCAGGGAAUCUGACAAGAAUAAUAUUGCUUCUUCACAGAAGAAAAGAAUUGCCACCGAUAGUGUUUGUACAAGUAAGCAACCAGAUCCAUUUGUAUACAGACUUUCUGACAAAGACAAUUUAGAGGCUCCCAAAACCUGCUACUCAAGGAUGCAUGAUACAAUUAUCUUGUCACCUCAAUACCUAGCCAGCAGGAAGGUUUAUGGAAGUAAAUCAAUGAUCAAUAUUAGAAACAAACACAUCAGUGAUACUGACACAAAGAUUUUAAACUCUACUUUGGAUCAUGCAAUACAGACUGCAACCAGUUUGAAGGAAACUACAGAACGAAUGGUACAAGUAGUUGCAGAAGAUCUAGCUAAAGUCAAAACUCAUCGAACUAAGCAGUUUUUUAGCUGGCCUGUUUCAAACAUUUGAAUUUGUCAGCUGAAAUGUAGAGACAGAACUCUGAGUUGUGAAAAAUUGGAUUAACAAAUAGUACAAAAAGUUAGGAGAGCAGCUGCCCUUAUGUGUGAUAUUAGCAACAGGUUAAGAGCAGAAAAACAUAUCAGAGUGCCAGGUUUAUAAACCAAGAGCCCUUGAAAGUUGUCACAUCUGUUCGUGAAGAAUGGCCAUAUAGCUGACUUCCCUCAGCCUUCAAUAAUGGUAGUUCUUUAUAGAAUUGCUCUCGGUAACCAAGCUUAGCUGUAGUUUCUAAAAUGUGUAAUUUGGGGCCAGGAGGAGAAUCUCUCAUUCAUCAGUGUGUUCUCAGCAGUAUCACAGCCCAGCUCUGUAUCCUGCUUGGUACUGAACAUCACAGAGGGAAAUAACUGAAACCCUUUGUUUCUGGAUAAUCUUUUAAAAAUGAGUUUUAGCUGUGACAUUGAAUAUGUCCUUCAAAAAUUGACAAAGAAUAGGUUGUAUUGUUAAGCAUACGCUUUUGUGCAUCUCAGUAAAUGCUCUUUCAUCACUCCUGUUUAUAUUCCAAAAUGUCAGUAUCUGUACAGUGACAUUCUUAGUAUCUGUUGGAUUUAGCUUUCAUAAAACAGCGAAUACAAGUCUUCAGCUAUUUCAGCAUUAUGAAUAAAAAAAUUGCAAAUGGGAUAAGCUUCUCCUAUGCCUGUACAGAAAUUUGUCACUAGUAAACUGAUUGUAUAUGUAUUCUGAAAUGCAGUGAGAGUGAUUUAGUGCAUGAAGCUUGGCAAUUAAGGACCAAUCACACAGAUACUACUAGCAUUCUUUUUAAUAACUUCACACAUUAGGGAGAUUAUAUUUUGUUAACUCCCAAAUAUGCAUGGGUAAAGGGGCAGGGGUCUCAUAACUGGCCUCAAAGAUUGUGACCAUAGUUAAAAAAAACAAAGGUCAAGUAUACUGAGUAAUACUUGGAAGAAGAUUGCUCUUACUUUUCCCCAUCUAGGGGUGGGUUAGAUGUCUGAACAAUGUUCAUCUAUACCGUGUCUAGAUUUGAUUUUGACAAAUAGAAACUAGUUGAGAAUUUGAAAGUAGAAGGCAGCUUGGGUCAAAGUGAUCAUGAAGUGGUAGAGUUCAUGAAUCUAAGGAGUGGUAGGAGGGAGAGCAGCAAAAUAAAGACAAUGGAUUUCAAGAAGGUAGACUUGAGCAAACUCAGGGAGUUGGUAGGUAAGAUCCCCUGGGAAGCAGGUCUAAGGGGAAAAACAA